AUCGCACUACUUCCACAAAAAAGAAACCCUGCUGCAAGGGCAGGGCGGCCGGCCGUAUGCAAAAAAAAUCGGAGGACAAUAAUAUCGCUACACCUCCAUUCUCCUUCUGAUCGGUAUAUUGAUAAUCAUACAGAAUGCAUUCAUGCCAGGUGUCACUAGUAACUACAAUUGACAGGGAGCCCAACAUGACCGAGGGACGAGAACGAAUGACUGGCUACAUUCUUCGGUGAGUUGUCUGGUACAAUCUCACAUGUCACGUAAUGGCGUGCGUUAAGUUUAUCUGCAUAGUCGCACUAUUUUUAUCACAAAAGAUGUCCGCUUCGGUCACCUUUUUCUUCUGACAUUUGGAUGAACCAAGCUUCCCGAAGGCCCUGACUACAGAAGACCCUGAUUACGGAAGUUUGACACAGACGACCCUUCUCUUCUUUUGUUCGGUGCAUUUACUCUCUAGUAAAUGACCAUGACCAGGAGCCCAGUGUCUCCAUUCAACAAGAAUGUAUGGUAAUAUCCCUGUAUCGCGCUUAUGCCAGCUGCCGCGGAUUAAUCGACAAUAUCCUGUCCCGCUCAUUUUCACAUAAUAGGAAGUAUCAUGAGUCGUUGAAACCUGACUUGAUAUCGAGCUGACAAUAGAGCUUCGGACUCCUCUUAGUCGCGGACCAGCUUCACGGCAACAAGACUUGGCGAAGAAUGCAGAAAUGUCUGGAACGUGCAAAUCGAUUGUAUUCCGUAUAGCCAUCUUGAUUGUCUCUAUAUCGGUUUGAGCAUAAAUAGAGAACAUACCCCACCGUUGUCUACAGCAACUUCACAUCUUCACAGACACAAUUACAUGAUGGCGAACCUGAUCGACACACUCUCUAAGUUGGGAAUGAUAUCUCCUUCUGCUCGUACUACUCAGCUCAAGGACAAGACCGCAAGCAAAUUGACCUUCAAGGACGGCGAGCGUGUCGGCUUCAAGUGCCUUAAGAAUUUCAACGACGAUGAAUUGUCCACUUAUCGAUUACCUCGCUCUGGGGCCGUAGACAUUGUAUCAUAUCUCCAGAAACACUGGCUCUACAUGAAUGAUCCUACGAAAUGGGGGGACCAAAAGUGGUUGGAGACAAAGCUGCGCCCCAGUCAUGCUAACAAUCUUCAAGUCGUGUUAAACAUAAAAAAUCGAGAUGAUAAAGAAGACAUCGAGAACCGUUAUGAUCUGAUUAAUUUCUACAACCGAGAAGUUGUUCGCUUGAUCACUACCAAUGCACACGAUUCCAGCGGCUACGAGAGUCUCUACCGAGUCCAAGUUCUCACUGACAAAGACAAAGUCCAACAGCAGGAAAACUAUGCACCCGGGACCUUCCCCACUCGUCUUGAAAUUCUCAAGAACAACUCCGAUCCGGCUGCGGCUCUCCGUGCUCAGUCUUGGGGAGACCUGUUGAAUUUAACGAGUGUGAAAGAGGUGAGUUCGGAGAUGGAGGUACAGCAUGUCAUUGGAUCUGUCAUUCGGAAGAUCUUUCAACUGCCUGGUCGCAGCGUAUCUAGUGAUGCGGCAAUGAGGUUCCCUGAUGUACUUCAGAUGUCUCCAGGCCAUCAUCCGAAGCCAGACUUUGUGACCCGCCGUCAGAUAGAUAUACCGAGUGAAGACCUCAGAGGACUCUGGCCCGCGUUAAUCGUGGGCGAGGCGAAACAGCAGCGCACUGGCACUGGCAAAUCAGGCGAUGCGUCGGCAUCGUUUCAAGUGCAAAUGCAGGCAGCAGUCUACCCAACUCUCUGCAUCCUUCUCUUGAUGCAUUAUCAAAGGAACCGUGAACGGCAUGCAACAACGCGACUACCCGAGAAUUUUUUCCUCUAUGGAAUUUACAUGGACGAGUCCGAGGUCAGGAUAUAUGCCCAUUUCCCCUACUACGACAAUGCAAGAUGGGGCUUUGCCCAGGUCAUGAUGGCGAGCUAUGAAAUCCCCGAUUCUCUUGAUAUAUCAACGAAGGCUGCGAACGCUAACCUCCACAUGGCUAUUGGCUUGCACACCGCUAGAGCACAUGCAGAGAGCCUAGAUCAAGCAUUUGCUGACCAGUGGCAAGCCGAGUGGGUGGCUGUCAGGGAAAUGCUUGAACCACAGUGGAGAGAAGACGUCAUUGCGGCGGCGAAGAAGGCUGAGGAAAAACGCCGCGAGAAGGCCGAGGCGAAGCAACUGACGCAAGCAGACCAACAGGAAACCGAGAAGCCCAAGAAAGAGGGCGGCAACAAAGAUGGUAGUCGGCAGACAGGGACGAAGCCACAGGGUUCCCAACCGAAACUCACUUCCUUGGGGAAAGAUCUUGCCAAAUUGAAGAUAAAAGAGAAAGAAGAAGAAGAGAGAAUCGCAGCGCAGAAGAGAGAGCGAGAGGAGAGGUAUAUGAACAGGGAUGAGAAGAAGGCAAGCUCGGAACCCCGCUCUACGACCUAGAGUCGUAUCGUUUAUGGAGGGCUUGGAAAUGAACUGUGAAGGGUAACCUAAGGAGGAGAUGAUUCGGAAAUCAACGCUAAUCAACGACUGGUGGGACUGGGUUCUGAAAUUGAAUGUUAUGGAUUUGUAUUAUGUAAGAUGUAUUCUUGUAGUCCUCAGAGUAGCAAAUGAAAUAUCCGUUGUCCGGCC